UGUCCGCCAACAGACAUGGGCUAGGCAGCGUUGCAGUAUACUGUAUAUGACAUUAUUACACUGCGCUUUGCAAAAGCAAACGCUGCGCUGCGUUGCGCUUUUGCAACUUGCUGAUGAGGUGCUAAUAAGCUAGAUUGAAGAUGCAGCUCCCACCGCUUACGACGGGCGACCUUUUCAGGGUUGCAUCGACACCAUCGGGACCAGACUCAAAGGUUAACAUUACAGGAACUUUUCAAGUCAUUGAGAUCAAGCAUAUACCCGGCAAGGAGGGACAGCAGCCGAACGCUAGGCCACGGUUCCGCAUCCGCCUCGGCGAUGGACAGUAUGGCCUAUUCGUCAUGCUCAGCUCGCAAGUAACGGACCUGAUCAUCGCUGGCGCUAUCACCCAGGGUGCAAUUAUACAAGUUACGGACUUUAUCGUCAACAUUGUCAAUUCCAAAAAGAUUUACAUUGCCUUCAACUGCCAGCCUCUAGAUCAGUACGGCACGUACAGCACCCCAAUUGUCGUACCGCCGCACACUGAGCUCCUUGACGCCGGCAAGCUCGCUGAGGAGCAGGCGUUUGGAGGGAACGGCAGCAACGCCCAGGCGGCACAGCCAUUUCAGCAGCAGCAAGCGGGCGGGUACAACAACCCCGGUGCCAACGGUGGGCCAUACGGAGGGCCCAACCCAAAUGGGCCUGGUGGCGGAGGCAUGUACGGCGGGCCCCCGCCCCCAGUCAACGGCGGUUACAACAACGGCGGGCCCCAAAACGCCUACCAGCAGGGCCCUCCGCCUGGCGGCAUGUACGGAGCGCCGCCGCCGGCCGUCAACCCUGCCGGCGGCGGAGGCACUGGCGGAGGGCCUUACAGCGGAGGCGGUGGUCCCGCCGGAGGCGCUGGGCCUUACGGCGGAGGCGGUGGUCCCGCCGGAGGCGCUGGGCCUUACGGCGGAGGCGGUGGUCCCGCCGGAGGCGCUGGGCCUUACGGCGGAGGCGGUGGAGGCAUGUACGGCGGAGGCGGAGGCGGACCUGCGCCUGGGGCCGGCGGUUACAACCCCUACGGCGGAGGCGGGGGAGGCCCGGGGGGCUCCCGGCCCCCGCCGCAGUACCAGGGCCAGGGCGCCAUCGCUCGCGACGAGGCUCCUCCGCGCUUCAUGCCCAUCUCAGCGCUCAACCCCUACACGGCCCGCUGGGCCAUUCGGGCGCGAGUGACAAGCAAGGGCGAGCUGCGCAGGUGGAACAACGUGAAGGGCGAGGGCAAGGUGUUUUCCUUCGACCUGCUGGACCGCGACGGCGGGGAGAUCCGCGCCACUGCGUUCGGGGCGGAGGCGGACAAGUUCUAUGAGAUGGUGGAGGCGGGUAAGAUCUACCAGAUCACGAAGGCCAGCCUCACGCAGAAGCGGCCGCAAUUCAACCACCUCAACCACCCGUACGAGAUCCGCCUGGACCGCAACUCUACCGUGGAGGCGGUGCCGGAGGACAACGAGACGGCGCUCAUCCCCACCAUCAGCUUCAACUUCCGCCGCAUCACGGAGCUGGAGACGGCGGAGGCGGGGUCCAUGGUGGACAUCAUCGGGCUGGUGGAGAGCUGCGAGCCGUGGCAGACCAUCACCCGCAAGACGGGCGAGGAGACCCAGAAGCGCUCGCUGGUGGUUCGCGACGACAGCGGUCGCUCCAUCGAGGUGACGCUGUGGGGGCAGCUGGUCAGCAACCCGGGGGACGCAAUCGAGCAGACGGUUCGCAACGGCGGCCGCCCGGUGCUGGCCGCCAAGGCUCUGCGUGUGGGCGACUUCAACGGCAAGACGCUGUCCACGGUGGGCGCCUCCUCGCUUCGGAUCGACCCCAUGGACCUGCCGGCGGCGCAGAGGCUGAGGAGCUGGUACGACAGCGGCGGCCGCACGCAGGUGGCCAGCUCGCUGAGCAGCGCGGGCGGGGGCGGCGGGGGCGGCAAGGCGGACCGCCGGGUCACCUUCUCGGCCAUCAAGGACGAGCACCUGGGCACCUCCGGCAAGCCCGACUGGAUCACGGUGUCGGGGGUGAUGGACAUGAUCCGCGUGGAGCCGCCCAACAGCAACGCGGGGGGCAACACCUCGGCGGUGGUGUACCCGGCCUGCCCGCACGACUUCAACGGAAGGCCCUGCCAGAAGAAGAUGAUGGACCUGGGCGGCGGCAACUGGAACUGCGAGCGCUGCCAGUACAGCACGGAGAACCCGGCGUGGAGGUACCUGGUGUCCCUGAGUGCCUGCGACCACACGGGCAAGCAGUUCCUGACCGCAUUCGGGGACUCGGGUGACGGCAUCUUUGGGCGCACCGCUGCGGAGGUACGGCAGCUGGAGCAGGAGAACUCCCAGGAGUUUGACCGCAUCACGGAGUCCAUUCGCUUCACACCCUUCAUCUUCCGACUCAAGGUGGCUGAGGACCACUACAACGACGAGUCGCGCAUCAAGGUGUCCAUCUACCGCCUGGAGCGCCUCAGCGACUACGUCAAGGAGUGCGGCAACAUGCUGUCGUACAUCCGGGCGCUGGAGAGCGGACAGCCCGUGCUGUGUACGGCAGGACCCAGCGGAUCCGCCGCCGCCGCCGCGUCAGCGGCGGCAGCCGGCGG